UGCGCAGGGCUGCUCCUCGGUGCUUAUCGUGCAAUUUUGAGGUGAUUUAAAAAAUAGGGAAUUCUGCGAUUUCUAAGAAAAUAUACUCAAUUUCAAUUGUUAAGAAGCUGAAAUCGGUAAAAAGUUGUUAUUUUUACAUAAUGGCGAGGCUCCAAAGUCACCUGAUAGUUUGUUAUGUUAACGCAUGCAGCACACGAAACCCCACAAAUGCGUUGAGUUGUUGAUCCCAGUUGAGUUGCUUGGUUUUGGAAUUUCGGUCCAGAUCUUUUAGCCAUGGGCUUGUGUUCGUCCUGUUGCAGAGGUUCUAGCGAAGAAGAGUUGAUCACUCCGGAUGCGGAAAUACGGCGGCAGCAACAGCGCGAGGCCGCGGAGAGACGACGAAUCGACCAGGAAUCUCGCGGAAUCAAGGAUCUGGAUAAAGUUAGACGACAACAGCAAAGGGCACAGGAACAGGAUCGGCGGGAGCAGGAAGCUUCCCGGAUGGGAGGGCAACCCACGUUAAAAUGGCAACAAGAUUGAGACCGGACGAAUACCCGCCGUGACCCGUAACCAUGUUCGUGUGCAUCGAAAGAACCAAUUUUCACCCUCGGAAGCGUUUAUUUUUGUUAAUUAUGUUUUAUGUUUGAGUAAUAAAGUAACAUUGAAUGUUUUGCGCUGUUGCAAACGCG